AUGGGGGCACCCAAAGCGUUGAAAAGCCAGGCUAUAGCAGAUCUAUUAGCACAGUUUCCAAGAGAAGAAGAAUUCCUGCUGGACAAUGAAGUUCCAGGGGAAGUAGCCAUGGCAGAAGAGGUCAGAGAACAAUGGGUAAUGAAAUUUGAUGGGUCUUCUACCACCCAAUCAGAGGGAGUGGGAGUAAUUCUGUACCAUGAAGAAGAUAAGGCAGUAGCACUACCAUUCAAACUGGAAUUCCCCUGUUCAAACAACAUGGCAGAAUAUGAAGCCUAUCUAACCGGGUUGGCCACGGCUCUUGAAAUGGGAGUCAAGCACUUGAAGGUGAUGGGUGAUUCGAACCUGGUGGUCUGCCAGGCCAAAGGAAUCUUCUCCCUAAAAGAACCUAGCCUAGCCCCAUACAGAGCAAUGGCCCAGAAGAUGGGGGAGAAAUUUUUAGCCUUCGAAAUAGAACAUGCUCCGAGGAACAAAAACCAAUUCACAGAUGCAUUGGCCGCACUAGGCUCGCAAAUAAUGUUCGAAGGGGAUAACACCAGGGUAGUGGUCAGCAAGAGGGAAAAGUCCAUUAUUGAAGUGUUAAAGGAAAGAUUCUGGGAGGAACGGUGCGAAGGGGAUUGGCAGAUCCCCAUAAGGGAAGCCUUGAUGAAAGAAGAAGGUGCUGCAGAACUGAAAGCGCUGAAAGACUACGCCCUGGUGAGAGGAGAACUAUACAGCAGGAUGCCUGGUGGGGCCUUGUCCAAAUGCGUGGGGCAAGAGGAGGCCCAGAGAAAAACGAAAGAAGUACAUGACAAGACUUGCAGAUCCUGCGGGGAGGUCAGCCUUUACCGUAGACUUCAAAGGGCAGGACCAGUUAACCCACCAUCACGUGGAUACAUAUGGAUACUAGUGGCUACGGAAUACUUCACUAAGUGGGCAGAGGCAGUGCCACUCCGAAAAGCCACAGGAGGAGCAGUGGAAAACUUCAUCAAGAAAAACAUAAUUGUGAGGUUUGGAGUGCCCCACAAGAUUAUCAGCGAUAAUGGCACACCGUUUGUCAACAGUGAUGUAAGGAAAAUGCUGGAGUUCUACCAAGUCAAGCACAAUCGUUCAUCGCCUUAUUACCCUCAAGGAAAUGGGCAAGCAGAGGCAACAAACAAGGUUCUCAUAAAGAUCAUUAGUAAAAUGAGCCAAAAGUACAUAAAAGGAUGGACAAUGCACCUACCAGAUGCCCUUUGGGCUUACAGAAAAUCACCAAAGUCUGCCACAGGAUUUUCACUCUUUUCCUUGGUAUACGGGACAAGGUAG